ACUGCCGUUCACAAGCCUCACUCUUGCACGAGCUUUUGUGCCUUAAACAUGAGCGCGACAACAGUGUUCCUUUUUGCAGCCCUUUGCGUUUCCGCCGUGGCUGAGGUGCCCCUCUGGGAACUUACCCCGAUUCCUCCAGUCGAGGUCUCUGGUGAAGGACCUCCUCCUCCUGAGUCUUCUGAAGGACCUCCUCUUUCUGACCAGCGCAUCGUGGGAGGCUAUGAGGCAGAGCCGUACAAGCGCGGGUACCAGGUUUUGUUUAGAACAAGUGGAAGUUAUUGUGGUGGUGUUGUCUUUAGUGAACUGUUUGUCCUGACAGCUGCCCACUGCAUACCAGGCAAGAAUAGGCGAAUGACUGUAACUGUGGGCAUACACGAUCUAAAGGUGAAGGAGAGCUUUACCCAGGUGAUUCCCGUUGCAAAAGCAUUCCUUCAUCCGGACUAUCACGGUGGAUUCGGAGGCAUAACCAAUGACAUUGCUGUCCUGAAACUGGAACAGAAAAUUAAAAUGACUGAUAAAGUUUUUCCUAUCAAAUUGCCGACUCAUCCAGUGAAAGCAGAUACGCCUGUGGUGGUCACCGGUUGGGGAAGAACCAUGUCGGAAACUAAAAAAAACUACUCUACAAGAGAUAGUUACCCGGACCAUCACUGUUCAGAAAUGCAGGAGACUUUUCGGUUCGUGGACGAAACCAUAAUCUGCACACGUGCGACGAAUGUUAGCCCCUGUAAUGGCGACUCAGGGGGUCCAGCGAUGCACGAAGGCUAUCUUGUGGGCCUCGUUUCCUUCGGCAGGAGGGGUUGUAAAACAACACCCCUCAAGGAUUUACUAGUGUUUAUCAUCACCUCAAAUGGAUCGAGCGCGCAAUGCACCCUAAUUACACGGAUCCCAAUGGAUGCGACAUUAUCAUGUGGAUUUGUUGAUCUUUCCGUUUGCUCCAUGAAUGUCGGAUGCACUGUAGUCAUCGCAAACACUGAACAAGACCAACACUUUGGCAAAAUCCUGAAGCUACAGUUCUGGAAUCAUAUUUCGGUACGUUUGUUGGGUCCGUCUUUCGUAUAUCUAGCGGCCAUUAUCAUGCAAACAUAG